AUGUGUCAGUCAUCGUCAAAGAUACCAUGGUACCCUAUACCAUCUGCCAAAGCAACGUGCAAAGUCCAUCUCAUGCAAGCCGGAGGCCUUUACAUCCCAGAAAAUAUGACUCUGCUCCCAGGUCCGGACGAACCAAAUGGCUCUGUGAAGUCAGUUGACGGCAAUGACAAGCCGAAAUCCUUCUACGCUCCGGACUAUGUCUUCUUCAUCGAACACACGGCAACCGGGAACAAGUACAUCUUUGACCUAGGGAUGCGCAAAGACCUUGAAAAGCUUCCGCCUAGGAUCAUCAAGGACGUAUUGCCGCUAUUCAAGUGCGAGCCCCAAUCACCAGCAGACAUCUUAAAAGACCACGGAUCCCCUGAGCAACAGCCGGAAAAGGUCCACGCAGUCAUAUUCUCGCAUAUGCAUUUCGAUCACGUGGGCGAUGGCGCCAAAGCCGGCUUCGCGGAAGCUGAGAUGUGGGUUGGACCGACAUGUUGCACAUAUGCGAGGCCCGGAUACCCGGCAGACGAUAAGGCGCCGACACUGAGCGAGACCUUGCCAGCCGAUGGUACAAGGAAGAUCAUUGAGCUCUAUGUGCCAGAUGAGUUACUGAAAGAAGCUGGAGAUAAGAGAGCCGGGCAGGUCAUGGAGGGUAUCAAGCAGGGUAAAUACGACGCUAUUGAUCUGAAAAAGCCAGAGUGGAUUGGCCUUGGCUCCUUCGACAGAGCCUUCGACGUCUUCGACGAUGGCUCAGCAUAUCUUAUUGACGCUCCAGGGCAUUCGGCGGGCCAUCAAAUGAUGCUCAUUCGAACAAAGACUGACUCAUUCGAGGAUAACACAUUCGUUCUACUAGCCGGCGACUGCUUCCAUCAUCCAGAAAUUUUGAAAGACCCCAGGCGGACAGCGCGGCCACCGUACUCAAAGUCGGGUAUGCACAGCGAUCCCGAGCAAGCAAUCGACACAAUAUGGCGUACAAAGCAUUUUGCGGAACAAAAUAGCUUUUGGGUUCUUGCUGCGCAUGACUUUAGUAUCGGCGAGAGUAUUGAGCCUAAGAAGCAGCAACUACAAGGUCUUGUAGAACUCAACGACUGGUACGACAAGGGAUGGAAGAAACCCCCGCAAGCUAGUCUAUAG